UGACAUUUGAAGGAUCUUUCUCGAUAAAAUUUCUUUUCGCAAACUCAUUCACCGGGUCACAACGUCGGAGCGCUCAAACUUCUCACAUAUUUUCAGAUUUCUUUGCAAAACCUUAUUUUUGGCAAGUCAUCCAUAAGGUCAUAACCUCAAAACGAAUCAAAUUGCAUUCAUUUCCAUUCCAUCUUCAUUAUUACGAGAAAUUACGAGAAAUAGCCAUGAAAUUCAAAAUCCUGAUCGAUGGCAAGAACAUUGUGCGCGUGGAGUGUCCUGGCUACGCAACUCAGCGCUUUUGUGUGAAAGUCCAUGCUGGAAGAAUCACUCUGGAGAACGUCUUCCCCAAUCGUGGAGGCUUCACCAGGGGCGGGGCUUAUAUCACUGCGUCGAAGCCCAAGACUGGGGCCUCCAAGAAGUCCGUUGAGCGCCCCUCGCCGGAGCCAGUGCGUCGUGGUCCCAUUCAGUUCGGUCCGCAGGAUGAAGUGGAUGUGUACAUGGACACGGAAAUGCGCCAGCCUUGUGAGGGCCAACGAUUUGGUUCCCAGCCAGUGCGUCGUGGUCCCAUUCAGUUCGGUCCGCAGUAUGAAGUGGAUGUGUACAUGGACACGGAAAUGCGCCAGCCUUGUGAGGGCCAACGAUUUGGUUCCCAGGGGUUAGGUGGCUAUGGCGAUAGACUCUUCAAGCUUGAUGUGUGGCAGCCAAUCCCGGCCAGCCGUGAAGUGGUCAAGAAUGCUGCAUCAAGGCGCAAGACUUUGUCCAGAAAGAAGGAAAACUUUCCUUCAAGGGGCACCAUUACCAAGAAAAAGCAAUUUGACGAAUCCUCGAUGCCGACUGCAACCUCAACGCCUCACCAAAAGCGUAGGAAGACCGGAUUGUUAUCCGAAACCACGGAGCGGGAGCCGACCCAGAAAGUAUACAUUCCAUCUCUACGUGUGGACCAAACGAUUAUACUCGGCAAACGCAAUGCCGAUGGAUUGUCGAUCCGUCUAAACCUGGUGAAGGCAGAGGCGAAGCAGCGAUCUCAGGACUUGACGACCAAUCCCUUGCUGAACGACCUGGGCAAGCACCAGGUAACCACUUCCAAUGGGCAGCCUCGCAGCGCCAGCUUAAAAUCUUUGGAAAGAGAGCAGAAGAGGCUGACAAAGAAGAUUGAAAAAAAGAUGGCAAAGAAGAAGAUCGAAAAAAAGAUGGCAAAGAAGAUAGAAGAAAUGAAGAUGGCAAACGAGAAGAAGGAGAAACGGGAGAUGCUAAGACAGAAGAUGGUAAAGGAAGAGAAGGAGAGAAAGAUGAUGCUAAGGCAGAAGAUGGUAAAGGAAAAGAUGGCCAAGAUAGCCAAGAAGAUGGCAAAGGAAAAGAUGGCCGAGAUGGCCAAGAAGAUGGCAAAGGAAAAGAUGGCCAAGAUAGCCAAGAAGAUGGCAAAGGAAAAGAUGGCCGAGAUGGACAAGAAGAUGGCAAAGGAAAAGAUGGCCAAGAUAGCCAAGAAGAUGGCAAAGGAAAAGAUGGCCAAGAUAGCCAAGAAGAUGGCAAAGGAAAAGAUGGCCAAGCAGAUGGUAAGGAAGAAGAUGGAGAAAGAGAAGAUGGCGAAGAAGAAGACGGCAAAGCAACUUCGCGACAUAAUGAAGAAUCUGAUCAAUGGGAAGAAUUGAAAAGCGUUGAAACUGCAGGGCCGCAAGAAGUUUUAGACACUAGCUGUUAACAAAUUUCUGGAUAAUCGUUCAUAUAAAAUAAAUAUUAUUAUAUUCUUCAAAAUGCA